AACCAUCCAAUUAUAAUCAAAACGAUGGAGAUGCUUGUGACUCACAUAGUCAUGGUAUAUCUAAUCCAAAUUCCCGAAAUUCCAGGAAAAAGAGUCUGGUUUAGAGCGGGAUAUUUACGUGUUUUAUGGUAGAGAAACGCUCAACCGAGACAGAAGCAGAAGAAGAUGCAGUUACCCACUUUCACAACCUCUCAACGCCCAUUUCACCCUCUCAUCCCUCCUCCACUUGGAAUCAAUCACACUUUCACUUUCAAACCUUUUUCUCCAAUUCCAACCAAACACUUCUCCAUUCCUUUCCACUCUCUCACCAAAACCUCAGCUGCAACUACCCACCACGAACCUGUUGUUGUUGACAGUAACAUUUCUAACGGCCACAAUGAACCACGAUUCAUUGAAAUUGGUUAUGUAUCUGGUGCUCAUGGUUUUCAAGGCGAGAUUCGUGUCAAGCCCAACACCGAUUUUCCUCAACUGCGAUUUUCCACGCCUGGGAGAAGAUGGUUGAAACAGAAGGUUAUGGGUGGAGAAAGUGUUCAGCAAGUUGAGCUUGAGGAAGGUAGGGAACACAUUGGAAAGAAUUGUUGGAUUCUCAGAUUCAAAGGAAUUAACUCAGUUGAGGAGGCUAAGAUGCUUGUAGGUGCUACCUUGCUUGUGACGGAAGAAGACAAGCCUGAACUUGAGGAGGGCGAAUUUUACGCACAUGAUCUCAAUGGGAUGAGAGUUUUUAUAAAGGAAAACGGAAAACUUUUGGGAACUGUUAUUAAUGUUUUCAAUCAUGGAGGAAAUGAUCUACUACAAAUUUCACUUGAUUCAUCUUUUGAUGUGCUUGAUAAAAAUGGCAAGCCAAGGCCAGCAGAAAUGGAAGUAUCUGGUCAGCUUGUUUUGGUGCCUUUUGUUGAAGCAAUUGUUCCAGAUGUUGAUAUGAAUAGAAGAGAAAUGCAUAUUACACCUCCCAAGGGACUUCUGGAGUUAAACUUACGAUUUGAUGACAGGUCCAAAAAAGAAAGGCACCAACUUGAAUGGAAAGAAAAGAAAAAGUUUCAAAAGCGCCUCAUAGCAGCAAAAAAGAAACUCAGUGAAAUGGACCAAAAACAUGUAUUUCAUGGAUUUCAAUGUGGAGAGAAAGAACAAUGGAGUUUGCUUAGUGAUCAAAUUGUUGGUGUAAACUCCAGACUGCUUCAGGAGGCUUUACAGAGUUUUGAACAACCAACCAAAACAUGGAAUGCAGCUGAGGUUGCCAGUUCUGUCGAGGAAAAGCUUAUAAGUACUAUUCAGAUAUUAGAAAAGUCUUUCUUAACUGGAAGUAAAGACAAGGUGGUUAGAGAUAUAUUCAAUAUGCAAGAGAAGGGACAUGAGCUAAUUUCUAAGGGCAAAAUGGCUAUUGUCUUGCUCUUGAAUGAAAAAGAGAAUGAAGGAUGCAUUUAUGAUCCUGACGUUCUUGAAAAUGAAGCAACCGAAACUUCAAUACUACACAUGCUUCAGAACUUACUAUGUGAUGACGAAACAUUUGUAAAGGUCAACGAUCGUGUAUCUGUGCCUUUAAUUUUGGUCUCCUCAACCCAAAAAAUCCAGUCUUUAAAAGAUCUGUUCACAAGGAACAAUCACUUUGCAUUUGACUCUGAAAAGGUAUGGUUUUUGGAGGAAGAGAAGCUGCCAGUUGUCGACAGUUCUCUAGAAGGACAGAACAAAUUUAAGAUUUUAAUGAAGUCGCCUUGGGAAAUACUCCAAUCUCCUGUUGGAUCGGGAGGAUUUAUUAGCUUGUUUUCAAAACACAACAUUGCAGAUAAUCUUAUUGACAUGGGUGUUGAAUACAUUGAGUUAUGCUGUCCGUGUGAAAGAACUGUUGGUGGAAACUCACUUCUUCUUGGGUUGGUUAAUUCACGGAAAGCCAAAAUUGGGAUACAAAUUUCACCUACAAUAGUUGAUCCAGAUGAAAACUUUGACAUGAUAUUCUCCAUGGACUUGGUAAAUAAGCUAACAAAGCAGAGAAACAAACUUCAAUUUGAAGCAACUCCAAAGGUAAAUUCCUUUGUUGAGAAAGUUGACAAUGACUGGGUUACCGUUACUUCGUCCACCCCAAACUCAUAUGAACUCUCUUGUAGUAUAUAUAGUUCCUUAAACGCAUGUCCCUUGGAUAAGGUUUGCAUUGUGGAGGUUAGAGAAUAAUAGCAUAAAUAUGAUGAGAUGGUAUAUCAUUAGUGCUAAAAAAUUACUAAGGUAUGUUAGGGAAGUGAAAGAACAAAACAAGAAAAAGACGGGCAUAUAUAUGGAAGAAAUGCUUUUAAGACACAUCUGGAUGUUUGUCUCUGGUCGGAUGUUUGUUCUCUCACAUUGAGACCGAUGUUCACACUCAAUAGUAUACCUUGUGUUGAGAUACAACGUUGGAAAUUGUAUAUAUGGUGUAUGGCAUUCCUUUAAAUCCAUGCAAUUUUAUGAGGACUGGAAUUCAACCAUAUUUUAUGAAUGGGAAUCAGUAGGGUUGGGUA